AUCAGUAUUAAAUGUCCACAUAGGUAUUUGGUUAUAUAUUUCUUAAGCUGUAGCUGUGUAAUUAGCCUAAUAAUGUACUGUAUAACCAGACUGUUAUUUUCAAAAAUUAACCACUUCAGGGUAAAAAUGUGUUGAUCAACUUUUAUUUUGUGCGAGUGACUUUCUGGUGAUCCCCUACUUGAUGUUUUUCUAACAUAGUAAAGAAUUGACAAAAAUUAUCAAAACAGCCUUAUUCAUAGAUUUGGAGAUUAGGGUUAUAAGGUCACAAUACUCUCAUCAUUGUACCAUCUAAAUAAAACAACAAAAUGAACCAGUAAAUACAGCCAUCAACACAUCACGCACUGCUAAACUGCAGUCUUCUUACACUAAGAAAGCUCUCUCACAUGACAGUCGUGGUUACCAAGACAGGAAGUCAGCAUUUUCAUGUGGGAGAAGAUAUGAAAUUAUAAAAAAAAAAAAAAUGGAGGAGUGUACAACAGCGUCACACUGCUGAAGGAAACAAAAGGAGGAGAACUCAGACAAGUGAAAGAGACAAUGAGUGAAGUUUGAUAGUGAGAUAAGCAGAUGUGAAAAACAUUUGAAACUCCACAAGUCAGCAUGCGUUACUUUAUCCUCAAGACUUGAAUCAAGUCGGUCUAAAUCUAAAUUGAUAGUAAGGAAAAAGAAAACAUGACAUUUCAGAAUCGCUUUUGAAAAUGAUGCUUUGAAAAUACUUCUACUUCAAGUGCAUAGAAGGGCGAAUAACCUGUGAGUACAGAGAUAAAGGACAUUUAAAGGUCAGAGAAGAGAAGUCUGACCGAAGAUUUGUAGCAAUGGCGAAUAGUUGGACUUUGACGGUGAUUGUCCUCCUAAGCAUCUUUAUGGCGAGAAGUCAGACAAGAGGAGAUCAAGACCCUGCAUCUCAACAGAAUAAAGAUUCUGCCAUUAAACAGCUGACAGAUUUCAAAGAGCAGAACUUUAUUCCAGGCAGUGAUGUGAUUUUACAGUGUGGCAAUGCCACUGUUAUCAGAUGGAAUGAAUUAAUUUAUAUUGUCUGGAACAUCAGCCUGGAAGGCAGAAAAUGUUGGCUGGGUUUGUCACCCAAGCUGGACGACACAUGUAAAGAUAGAAAGAGGCUGUUAAACACCUCAGAUGGAGUUUCUUUAGUCAUUCCCAAGAUUUCAACAAGAGAUGAAGGAUUUUAUUCGUGUGAUGUAUCAUAUAAAGCAGGAAGCUAUGCUGUAAAUGUGUCUGUAAGCGUUACCCAACUUUUCACCAAGCAGAGUGAAAACAAUCAAAGGAUCGCUGUCUGUCAGGCCAAUUACACACAAAAGACAGCACCCACUCUUCACUGGGAACCUGCCUUGAACUUUUCCUCCAGUAACAGUUCUGUAAAGAAGCAUGGCAGGUUUUUUACGAUGGAGAAUCAAGUAUAUCUGCCGGACAAUGUCAACAUCAGUGAGCUCAUCUGUGUGGCCACAUACUCCUCCGAGUCCGGCUCUGUUCAGCACAAGAGCACACUUCAUCUUAAAAUUUCACACAGCGGAACACAAGAAACUUCCUCUUUUCCAGUGAAAAUCAUUGCCAUAUCAGUUGGUUCUACAUGUAUUUUUUUUUUUGUUGUAUCUCUGGCCGUGGUUUACAUACUCCGCAGAAAGCUUUACAACUUAAGUGCACUGAAGAUGCUUUGCUGCAAAUCUAAAAUCUCAACACCAUCUGAAGACAAACCACCCCAACAUACGUCUGUGUGUAUGAACCCGCUGAUGUUGAAGAGGUGGAACCCUAUGCAAGCUACAUACAGAGAGUCAACUCCAUCUACAACUCCUCAGCUGAGCUCUUCAACGCCUGAGACACACGCGCUUUUCAUGAUGAAACAGGAUACCAGAAGAGAGCGGAGGGCAUAGAUAUGUCUGUGGUCAGAAAUUACACAUGAAAAACAAUGCUAGUGGAAAAAUAGUCAUCUCAAGAGAGCAUCCCCGAAGCAAACAGCGCCUGAAUGAGGAGCAAAAGUAGCACUGACUCAAAAGAUGAAAGGUGAUGACAAAGGAACAUUUCUCUUAUGUGUGAUGAGGAAUAACUGGGACAACUUCAGCGUCAGCGAUAUCACUAAUAUGUAGAUUUGUAGAAAACGAGCCUGGUUAGAUAUUAAUCAUCUGAACUAAUCAAAUUUGUACAUAAUUAUUUAUAUCAGAGUGUUAAAGGAAACAAAAAUCAGCCGCAAACUAUUUUUUUCCUUGAUAAAUACUAACCAGGCCAAAUUUAGAGAACCUAUUUUGCAUUGCACAUACUUAAAAGUAUGUAAAUAAACUUUAUUAUUGUACUUUUCGGUAUUGUAUGUCCUUAUAGUUUGAUCUUUUGAGUUUAAUACAUAAUCGGCACCUAAUACAAAAAUACAAAAGCGGCACCUAGUGACAUAGAAAUAAUUUGCAUUUAUAUUCAGACCAACGCCAAAAGACCAACAAAGUGGGCGGGCAGUAUGCUAAUGUUUCAUGUUGAAGUCACCAUGAAACGGCUUGGGAUUCGUUUUAAAAAGUCGACUCUUUCUUUUGAGAGACAAUACUUUUAUACACGGUGCACUUUCAGAUUUAAAACUUUGCAGGAUGUUUUCAUUCACUUAGAGCUGUGUUACACCCUGCAUGAAUAAUCCAUAAUAGGGGAACUUUAAAGAAAAACAUUAUUGAAAUUAAAAUAGUACAUUCAUUUCACAAAUGAUUUCAUAAAUUACAAUAUAAUCAUGGUAUCCAAUCAGUUGUAAGUGCCAAUAACACAAGUGAGAUUUUUUUUUUUUUCAGUCCAAAAUGACUUAACAGUAGCAGAGGGUUAAAUCAACUACUUUCAGCCUUCUCACAUAUUAGUAGUGUUUGAUAACAGCAGUGUUGAUUGUAUUUGUACAAACAGGCCCUUCUCAAAUGGUCAGUGUUAAAUAAGGAGUAUGUGACUUGUACCUGGUUCAAACGGAUGCCUCCUCGAGGAGACUGUGCUGGGUAUUUUUUGUGUGUGUGUUAGAUUUGUGGUCAAGCGGUGGAGAUACAGACCCUAUUAAUCUUAGUCAUUUGUCCUCCUGAGAUGAAAUCUCACAACGUCCCCUUCAUUCAGUGUGAUUCAGUGUUUAGGGGAACGAUGUGGAAACUUAGGGGUAGCUGAAUUCUUGUCACUGGAAAGGAAAGAUCAGGUACGCCCUCAGAUAUCGCACAGAUACUCCUGCAGAAACUGAAACUGGUGGGAUGUCAUCAAUUUUUCUUUUGGGGCUGUGGGAAUCCCCAAGAACUAUGACAGUGUAAAUUUUCAUUCAAUCCAAAUUUAGAUCUUAAAGUUUUGUACCUUUGUUCUCAACCUCUGCCAUCACACUCUACAUAGCAUUCAACACGAAAAGCAUAUUGCUCCAUCUAGUGGUGUUUUUUGGUAGCAUAAUCUCAUCGAAACACCGUAUUAAUGAUGCCCUCAGAAUUAGAGUUCAAACAGCUGAUAAAAACAUUGAUGGACUCCAGUUCAGCAAUCAACAUCUUAUGGAUUGAAAAACUGCAUGUUAAAAAUAAAACAAAUCUAAUGUGUUUUUAACUUUAAACCGUUGCUUCUAAAAUAUGAGUCCAUCAUCCAAAAUAACAUAAAAAAUCCACCCACAUGUUUGUUCACAACUGUUUUGUACUGAUUUUGCUUGUAAACAGUACUUGAUCUGUGCGUGAUUCUCUUCUGAUUCAGGAGAGGUGACUUUUUCACUGGAGAAAGUAAUGGAUAGAGGACUCUUAUUUUA